UUGAGAUACCGGAAUGACGAAGACCUUUACCGCAUCUUUGCUCCAUGCGCUUUCUUUCGUCUAUGUCUAAUUCGCGUUUUCAGAAUAUAAAUAAAUCGGUGAUUGAUCGUGGAAAUGUAUAGAACGAAAAAGGAUAUUGAUGCCCACGUGGAGAGUUUAAUAUCAAAAUUACCAUUGAAAGAGUUCACUUCUCGGGGCUAUUCAAUUGGGCGGCUGUAUUUUGAAGUGGGGGAUUAUGUUAACUGCUGCAGAUAUGUGGAACAAUACCUACAUGUACACAGCUCGAACGCAGCAGCACAUGCCCUCCUCGGACAAGCAUUGCAGAAGUUAGGAAAGAUGAAAAAAGCAUUGGAGGAGUUUAAAACAUCAUAUGAACUAUGUCCCACGCAGAACAGUUUAAUCUUGAACAUUUGUGAAAUUUUGGCUGAUGAUGAAGAAAGCACUGAUCCUGGUCGCGCUAAAUACUGGUGUGAGAAGGCAGAAAAUAUGUUUCCAAAGCAUCCAGUUACCUUUCAACUACGUGAAAAGUUAUUGUCUAUGGCCAAUCCAAACCCACAAGCAGUGGUUGAUCUGCUGUUAGAAGAAUUGGCUGUAAGGCCCAAGGAUGUUCUGCUACACAUUCGUCUACUAAAAUUUUAUUUGAAAAAUAAUAAUAUUGAAGAAGCAUUUACUCAUAGUUGCAAUGUAGAGUUUGGAGAGAACAACUUCAAUAAUAAUUAUGAUUGGUAUGAGACAGUUGCACAGAUUCUUAAAUGUAAUCCCCGGGACAACAAUGACUGGAUUUUUCAAUUGCUUUUAUUGACAGUCACUGAACGAAUGUGUGUUUUGAGUAUAAUCCAGACCUUAGGCCACAAAGCCAGAAGUAUUUUUGAGUCUACAGAGCUACUUCAUGUUUACGAUCAAGCUAUAGAGAGAGUUGCUGAAGCUGGAAGCAAUCCUGGUCAUGGUGAAUUUCAUGCUGGUGUUCUAAAACAUCACCGUAGCCAAUUUGCCUUCAUAGCAGCAACAUUAUUGCUCAAGCGUGGAGCGACACACAGCUGGCAAGAUGCGGCUAGAGAUGCUGAGCCUUUGAUGUUAAUGGCAUGGCAUUCCUCAGUUGCAGAUGUCUCAGCUAGCUGGGUUACUUCUGCUCCAGAAAUGCAACAGAAAGCUGUACGGCGCUGGUAUUCUGAAGGGUCAUACAGGUGUUCACAAUCUGGACAUUAUCUGCUAUCUAAUUUCAAUGGUAAAAGCCAAUUUUUCCUUGAUCGCAUUUCACAAAAUUGCUCUGGCAUACAUUGGAGAGACAAGUUAUACGGAAAGAUAUUCUCGAGCAGAUAUCAUUUAGAAAAAAUAAAUACUUCACAUUUGGUCUCAACUUCUUUUGACGCGCCUGCUCUGAUUUUACCUAAUCGAAGUGAAGUCGAAAUCCAUGAUGAAGAAGCUCAGAGAGCAUAUGGAAAUUCUCUUCAUCAUUUUGUGUGGCUUUUGUCUAAAUACAAAGAAUUGUCACAGUUUAAAUUAACAAUUUUUGACAUGCUUCCCCUGGCAGUUCAAAAUGAUGCAAAUUGUGGCCCAGAAAGUUUAUGUCAAAUGGAUGUCUAUGCAUUUCUUUACUGUGCAGCCUUGACGUCUCGCGAACACCGAGAUUCUGGUGUUCCAUCCGAUAAGCCAAAAACGCUACCGGCUAAUAUUACAGAUUUACUGUGUCCUUUGUCUCAAAUGAAGUGGUGGGACUGCGCUUAUAAGUUUAGUCAAAAUAAAUUGGGGGCAGAAAUGACAGAUAUUCGCGUGACUCUCAGUCGCGGCAUAGAAAUUGUGCGAUGUGUCGACAAUCACGGGAUAGAGCCAGAUCUUCUGUGUGAUCUAGGUCGCACAUUCAGUAACCGAGCUAAGCUUAUAACAGAUAUUGAUGAUAAACACAGUUGGGAGUUGCGAGCAGUUCUUUACUAUACAUCAGCUAUAAAUCUAUUGGAGAAAAAGAGCACUGAUGCAGUUACAAGAUCUGAAAAACUAAUGUUUGAAAAGUCGAGUCUGCUGCCAAAAGAUACUAACUCUUUACUUGAAGAAUGUAAAUUAUACGUGGCACUCUAUGAAUUAAAUAACGACGAGUAUGAAAAGGCAAUCGAAUUAUUGUCACCAUUGAAAAGCGCACAGGGUCUGUAUCAUCUCAGUGUUGCUUAUAAAAAAAUGGCAUUGAACGAAAACAAAUAUUCACAAAGCAAUGCUAAUGAUGAAUCUAACUCAAAAUAUCAGUCAUUGGUAUCAAAGGCCCAAAAAUACGCUUACGAAGCCCAUUAUAUACUGAAAAACCCAGAGAAUAAAUCGAAUCAUAUGCUACUCAUAGAAACUGAAGAGUUAAUAAAUGAAUUGGACCUCCAUCUAAAUGAAUGGUCUGCCGGAGCAGCUGAUAAACAUGUCAAGAAUUCUUCUGAUGAGUAUUUUUCUAUACAUGGCAACGAAGAUGCCCCUCUUAAAAGUCAAUCACAUUGUUUCGCAAAUCGCACGUUUAGCUCUACCCCAAAACGAUUAUCACACUUGAGUAUAGGCCCUACAUCAAUUCCUAAUGUUCAUUGUGAUCAACAGUUUUUAGAACCAAAUGAUAAACUGAAAUCCAGUGUGCUAAAACGAGACAUUGCAGCGAUCAAUGACUUAAUUGACCUCGCAAGGAGUGUUUUUGAAGAAAAUCGAAUAGUGGGAAAUCAAAUUAUAAGCACAAUAAAUUCAAAUAUGCAAAACACCAUCGAUCAAUUUGCUUUGCUGAAAAUUUCUGUAGAUCAAGUGAAAUAUCAAAUUAGUGAGUGCAGAAAGGAGUGUAAAGAAGUUACUGAGUUGAAAAAACAAAUAACUGAACUAAAGAAGGACAUUAGCAAAAUUAAGAAAGCUUCUGAACAGACAAUCAAUGAAAACGAAUUGUUUACUCUUGGUGAGGGAUACACUACAAAUGAAACCGCGUCCAAUUUUGCAGCACAGUUGCCCUUUACUGCUCAGCAAGUUAUGCCUCCAUUUAAUCAGCGCCUAAUACCGCCAUUCACCGUGCCACCAAGUCCCUUCCAACUUUAUGGUCAGAAUUUAUUCAAUUUAUAUUCGCAAUUUUCUCAACCGUCAUCAGUGCCUGGAGCACCACCAAUAUUUGAUGCAGCCAGACCGCAAGUCAACUAUCCAGGCGUUUUCACAAACCCCGAUCAAAUGUAUUUAGAUGUAGCGCAUCUUGCUCAACAGACAGCAGUACCAGUGAUUCCUGUACAGGCUGCAGUUACGGCCACAGUUGCAGCUUCCACUUUACCAGUACCUCAUUCAAUGGCCCCAGGCACAUCAAUUAUGACGCAAAAUGUCAUACCCAAGGAUAGUCCACGUUCGUUACCGGCUAAUGUUGCAAUAACAUCUUCAGAUCUAUUGCCGACGUCCACAACUACCCCAGCGCCAGUACUUAGUGUAACAGUGCCACCAAAGCACAUCAAAGGUAUUCCUCAUAAUUAUCAAAUACAAAUGCCUGCAACAGAACCGACUCCAGCUUUUGGUUUUACAUCACUUGGAAAUAAAACAAGUACCAACACGGAAUCUUCAAAUUGGACUCAAAACACGGUAUUCAAAGAUUCCACCCCAACCACUAACUAUCAUUCUACGGCUUCUAUAUCUUUUUCGCCAAAACUCGGCAACACUAGCUUAAAUGAAGAAGUAUCGAUUGGUGCAGCCAAUGACAGUCAUAACAAAUCUAGAACAUUGUCUGAAAAAAGUAACACGUCGAUCGAUAAUUAUGAUCCAUGUCCGGAUUUUAAGCCUAUCAUACCUCUACCAGCAGAAGUAAAAGUUACAACUGGAGAAGAAGACGAAACUGUUAUUUUUUCGGCUAGGGCAAAACUAUAUCGGUUCACCGACAAUCAGUGGAAAGAAAGAGGACUUGGCGAAAUGAAAUUACUUAAACAUAAAACCACUGCAAAAGUUCGAGUGCUCAUGAGGCGAGAACAAAUUCACAAAAUUUGCGCUAAUCAUGCUAUAACAUCCUACAUGGAAAUAAAACCUAUGAAGAAUGAAACAAAGGCGUACUUUUGGGUAGCAAAUGAUUUUGCGGAUGAAACCCUUGUACUAGAAAAGUUCUGUAUCAGAUUCAAAACAGCUGACAUAGCGCGACAAUUUUACGAAACCUUCGAAAAAGCUAGAUCAGAAGCUACUACAACAGAGGCAUUGAGUGCAGGAACAGAAGCCCCGGUAAACCUAACUUCAACCAAAUCUUAUAAAACAAGUGGAGAAAAUGAUGUUGCUAAAACAAUAGAUAUAAAAUCAACUCCAGCCAAUAAUUCACAACCUGCUAAGACAGUAUUUGGUGGUUUCACUUUCAGUAGUACACCGGCGUUUAAAACAAUUGAAGAUACAAAGCCCUCCGGGAAAAAAAUGGAAAUUACGCCAACAAACAAAGUUAAUGUGUUUAGUGGCUUGAAUUUCAAAACUGGACCUGCUUCUUCACCAUUUAGCAAUUUGUUCAGUACUUCCAGUGCGCAAACUUACAGUUCUAAUACAUCAGUGCAAAAUGUUGAGGCAAUGGAUAAAUUGAAUACUUCGGAUACAGUAGAAGAAUACGAGCCAACAGGUGAGUUCACACCUGUUGUGCCUUUGCCAGAAUUAGUAGACACGAAGACUGGCGAAGAAGAUGAAAUUGUUCUAUUUGAACACAGAGCCAAGUUGUUACGCUUUGUUGCUAAAGAAUGGAAGGAACGUGGUCUCGGUAAUAUAAAGAUCCUCGUAAAUAAGGACAACCCGCAAAAAUUGCGCCUUUUGAUGAGAAGAGAGCAAGUAAUGAAAGUUUGCUGCAACCAUGCUGUUACAAAAGCGAUGACAUUCCAGAAAAUGCCCAAUGUUGACAAAGCGGUCACAUGGUGUGCUCAAGACUUUUCCGAGGGUGAGCUCACACCUGAAACAUUUUGUCUCCGUUUUAAAACGGUACAAGCUUGCAAUGAUUUUAUUGAUGUCGUAAAAACUGCUCAAUCUAAAUUAAGAGACGACGUCAAGGCAGCUAAAGAAGAACUUAAUGCGGCCAAACAAAAUUCCCAAACUGGAAUUACUACUGUUAACAAACCAGCAAAUUCUAAUUGGGGCGAUAAAUUCAAACCCAAGCAAGGUUCUUGGGAAUGUAAGGAAUGUUUAGUUCGGAAUGAAGCCAAUGUUGAAAUCUGUCCCGCGUGUAACAGCCCGAAGAAUCCUGGCAGUGCUACAGCAAACGCAAAGACGACAGAGGUCAAAGCACCUAACAAUGAAGUUAAAUUUAAAUUUGGCAUUCCCCAACAAUCCAAUCCAAUACAGGUCUCAGAACAAAAAGUAUCGAAUGCACAAGUUAAAUGUUCAUGGGGAGACAUGUUUAAACCUGCAGCUGGAACAUGGGAAUGCAAACAAUGUUUUGUUAGAAAUGAAGGUGAAGUUUACACCUGCUGUGCAUGCAAUAGCUCGAAAGAUCCCAAUGCAGCAAGUAAGCCCAUUGCCGCCAGCACUACGUUGCCAACUCCCAAAUUUAACUUUGGCAUUCCACCAACAAGCAAUAGCAAUGAACAGAAGGCAAAUACUACUUCCAUUUUCGAUGGUACUGGUGCUCAUAAAUUCAAUUUUGGCAUCCCCGCAAACCUUCAAGUGAAAUCCACUGAUAAUUUACCUAAGAAUGAUACAAGUUCUGCUAGUAAUGUAUUAACACUAGGGUCAUGCAAAACUAGUGAUGCCAUUCAGACACCCACAUUAACACCAAAAGAGAAAUUAGCCUUAUUGCCAACCCCCCAAAAACCAAAUGAAACAGCAACUUUCGACUUUGUGUUUAAGCCAAAAACUCAAAUUAAAGCUAAGAGCCCUGCUAAGUCACCUAAAAAAGACAAUGGGGAAGAGAGCGACGGCAACGAGUAUGCCUCCGAAGAUGAAGGACACCACAUACAUAUAACUCCAAUCAUACCUUUGCCCGAUAAGGUGAAAGUAGUAACAGGUGAAGAAGAUGAAUGUGAGCUUUUUGCACACAGAGCCAAAUUGUUGAUAUUUGUUUCUGGUGAAUGGAAAGAAAGAGGACUUGGUACAGUUAAAAUCCUAAAGCACAAGCAUACAUCCAAAUUGAGAGUCGUUAUGAGGCGUGAGCAAGUCUUCAAGAUAUGUUUAAAUCAUGCACUGACUCCAGAUAUAACUUACAACCUUAAAGACGAAAAAAAUUGGAUAUUUGCUGCUAAUGAUUUCAGCGAAGGAGAAUUAACUGUGCAACGUUUUUGCUUGAAGUUCAAAACGAAAGAAAUUGCCAUGCAGUUUAAAGACGCUGUGGACAAAGCGAGAGACGGGAAGAGUAAUAAAAUACAGCAAAAUCAAAAUAUUUCUGUUAAAAGUGAUACUGACGAUGAUGAUGUGGAAUUUAUUACUGAAACACAGUCCAACUCGGAAGAAAAGAAUAAAGCAUUGGAACUAAUGUUACCAGAGAAUUUCUUUUUAUAUAAAAAUAAGGACCCUUGUCGUGGUUGCCGUGGUUGCGACGACAGCAAAGAUUCGACAACCCAAGCCCCAAAGAGUAACAUUGCCAUGAGUGCUUUUACUGCUCCGACAACAUUCGCUAGUCCGCUUAAGAUACCAACCGAAAACAAUGCUGUCUUUACUCCAGAUAAAGUAAAUGCAACUAAAACUGCUAACACUUUUGAACAGCCUGCUUUUUCUCAAUCAACCAUUUCUACUACUGAUACUAUUCAGAAACCGAAAUUAGUUCCUGCAGACAACUCCACUUCAAUAUUCAGAACAACAAUGCUCAACUCUUCUAUUCUCCCUGGGUUGCAAACAAGCACUACUAGCGGAACGCAAUCAGAUCCUCAAUCAAUAUUUGCUACUGCAAAUUCCAACUUGUCGUCAAACAAUUCAACUUUGUUUGGGUUUAAACCAAAUAAUAACGGCAAUAUCGAGGCGAAGUCUAUAUUCGGGGCAGCCGUUAAUGUCAAACUAAAUGACGGCCAAAAGCUAGAUGGAAAAUCAAUUUUUGGGUUUUCGAGUGGUAUGACGAAUGAAAAACCUUUUAAUUUGUUCAAUCAAAAUGAUGGCAAGAUAUUUGUCAUGGCAAACGACGCCGUUAAAUCAGAUAAAACAUCAGCAUUUGCCUCGGUAGAUGCACCAAAUUAUUUUGGCAAUGGCAAGAAUGCUUGGAGCUUUGAUCCUAAAACUGACUCUAAAGCGUCAGGAGACAGUAACAGUGAGCUUGUCAAACUAUUAAAUACACCAAACGAAGACAAAAAUACGACUAAUCCUGCCCCGAAAACAUUAGGCUCAGAUAGUUUAUUGUCUUUUAGUGCUUUUAAAAGCCAACCUGAACUAAAGUUCCAAAAAAACCCUGAUUUCAAAUGGGAAGGUGCUGGUCAGCAGUUGUUCGUACAGGCGCCGAAAACAAACAGUACCAGCGAUGCAGACAACGAAGUGGAUACCGGCAACGGAGCGGAGGAAGAGUACGACCCGCAUUACGAGCCCAUUGUCCCCCUGCCCGACAAAAUUACCGUGACCACGGGCGAGGAGGACGAGGAGAAGUUGUUUGGAAGGCGUUGUAAGCUGUUCAGAUACAAUGACGCCACCCGCGAAUGGAAGGAACGAGGCGUUGGAGAACUAAAAAUAUUGUAUCACCCUGUGAAGAAGACUUACCGACUGCUGUUUAGACGUGAACAGGUACACAAGGCUGUGCUGAACAUGCUUAUCUUCAUGGACCUGGAGUUGCUGCCGAUGAGCAAGAGCGAUCGCGCGUGGACGUGGGCCGGGCGCAACUACGCGGAGAACGCCGCCGGGGACCAGGAGACGCUUGCCGUGCGGUUCAAAACACUCGACAUGGCCACUGAAUUCUUCAAUAAAGUCGAGGAAUGCGUACGGAAGUUACAAGCUGCAGCAGCACAGGCCGUAAGAGAGGAAAAGGAGGUGAAAGAGAAGCCGAAAGGCAUGGCUUUAUUGAGGUUACCUAAACAUUUACAAGACAGCGCACGCGCUGAUAAUGCUUUGGCAAUGAAAACUGAAACUCAAACUCUAACUGUUGAGGCCGCCGAAGAGACUAAAACGGAGUCUGCUGAACGAGAAGUAACGAAACGUGUUCUCUUCCACGAUAUGGAGCAACAUCAAGAGGCGAACGACGAACAAGCGGAAGGUUACGAACACGAGCAAGUUUAUUACCAAGGCGAUGACUACGAUACGUACUAUAAUGAGGAUGAGGAAUCCGCCCCGUACUUCUCAUGCGACUGCGAGGCGGAGGUGGCGCAGGGCAACGCGAUGACGUCGUGUGCGCAGGCGCACGUGCAGGUGCUGUUCGACCACGCCAUGUACGCGCCCAAGAUCCAGCUCACCAACAUGGCCACGGGCGAGCUGGUGGCCGAUAUGCUCAUACAUGACGAGACUGACUUUCAGGUGUCCGAGGCCACGUGCAGCUGGACCGGCACUGACUACACCAGCAACGACCCGCUUGACACCACCGUCACGCUCGCCUUCCCCGACAGUGAAACAGCGAUGCAGUUCUAUGAGAGUUGCGAGUCAAAUAAAGAACACAAUUCCGCUGAAGAUGCUGACACAGAAGCGUAAAAUAGAUUCUUGAUCAUUCUAACGUAAAAACUAAUAGUAUUAUUGUAUAGCCAAUUUGAGUUUAUAUUGAUUUGACAAUGUGAGUUCCUAAACGGAGCAGAGUUUCUUAGUUUUAUGAUGUACUUAGAUUAUAAGCGUUUCUCAAUCAUUUUAUUUAACUGCGACAGUUGUUGAAUUCAUCUAAUUGUCAAAAUAAUUGUUUGUUAUACGUAGACCUUUCCCUAUUUGUGUUAAAUUGUAUCUGUGUGUAGAAACUAGAAUACUUAAGCCUUGUGUUAGUACGAUAAAACUUGUAUAGUUCUUCUAUCAUAGAACAUAGGAUUACUUUGAAGUUAAUUGUUUUAUUUGUUACGGGUUUUCAUCUUUGGCGAACAGCAACACAAACUUUGUUUAAAUUUGUAUAGAAUUUUGUCAGUUAACUAAAUCAAUAUCCUUUUGGUGAUGUCGAAUGCUAUGAACUUCAUACUUGCUACCAGUUGUAAUCGUGACGCCACGGAGGUAAAGCCUGACCAGGAAGGAAUAUAUGAUUUUUUUUUUUUUUUUUUUAAUUUAUUUAAUAAGGAAGCAAAUUACAGUUUUUUAGAUCAUUACAAGACCCAUCGUAGGCAAAACCUUAUGGAGGUUUGUGUGCCGAUGGGGAGUUCGAGAAUAACAUAAAGAAAAACAAUAUUAUAUCCUAUAUCUUAUCAUAAAUAUGAUUCUUAGUAUACAUAGCUUGCCACGCGCCAUGUUGCGGAAUUUCAUUAGAACUAUUUUUUUUUCAUACUAUACCACAGAUUAUAUAAUAGUUCUUACGAACAGAUAGUUAUUUCUCAAAGAAAACCUUUGAUACCUACACAAAAAUACAAUGGAGUGGCCUUCAACGCGCCGCUCCCCUCACCGCGCGCGCCGGCACAACGCCAGGGUUGCCGACGCUUCUUUCAAAUACUUAGGUUUCUUAGGUUAGGUGUCGUAAAAAACAUUACCUACAUCUUCGUGUUUUAGAUUAUAAGUCUAGUUUGAAAGGUAAACAAAUCAAAUCUGAUAUAACGUUUCCAACAUCUGUAAGUAAAUAAUGCCUUAUACCUAAUACUUAGUAAAACUUAUAAAAGUGGAUUAUGAUAAUAAUAGAUCAAAAUCUUUUAGUGUUUAACGUUAUAAGUGUAUCACUGUCUUCUUUACCAAUAUUGGUGUUAUAAUAGUGUCAC